CUGAUAACCGGAGAGAGGUGCACGCCGGGCGGUGAGCAGGAUGCCGUGCUGUCGGUAACGGCUGACCUCGCUCCUGUGCUGUUGGUUGGAUUUCUGGGCACGCCGAGUGGCUUUCAGUACUUACCUGGGACUUUGCCUCCACUUAGUAUGGGAUAACUAGUUGCUGAGGAUGAAUAGAUCUUCUACAUUCAUGUACCAAUAACCCCGUAUUACAUCAGGUUGCAAGUAAAUUUUGACUGAAUGAAUAGCCGCUUUCUUGCAAGCCAUACUGAAGUCUGACAUGGAGAAUACGGACAAUGUGAAUGGAAAUCUUUAUGAAAAAGAGGAAAGUGUCUCAAAUGGUGAAGAUGAAAAGGAUCCCAAAGCUGCAUAUUUUGUGGAAACGCCAUAUGGAUACCAGAUAGACUUGGACUUUGUGAAGUAUGUUGAAGACAUACAGAAGGGGAACACCCUAAAGAAAGUAACCAUUGUAAAGAAGCACAAGUUGGGGUCACAGUUUUCAGAAGACAGAGCAGGAGCCUGCCAGGGAACUGGUUGGCCCUCCACAGAGUCUCUUUCCUCCUCGAACAGUGAUGAAAAUAAGCGCUCUCCGUUAAUUGCCAGGCGACAUACCGUUUCUGGAUCUGCCAGAUCAUCUGCUUCACAAGAAGCCUCUCCAAACUUUUUAGCCAUCCCUGAAAACAAACCAUUACUACCACCUUCCCCUCUUCUGCCCAAACACAAUUUUCAUGUUACAAAAACACUAAUGGAAACUCGCCGCAGGCUGGAACAAGAAAAAGUCAUGCAGGUAGCUUCAUCAUUCAAUGAUGUACGUAGGCCCAGGCUGGCAAGUUUUGGGGGAAUGGGUUCAACUGGUUCCCUUUCAUCAUUCACUGGAUCAAUAGGGAACACUGCCCAGCCGCUUCAAAAUGGACACCAAGUUAAUGGUGAUUAUGGUGCCUUCUUUGCCUCAUCUUUAGGAAGCUCUAUUCGCCAUAGCCCACUAAGUUCAGGGGUAGCAACACCAGUGACCAAUGUGAGUCCUAUGCACCUCCAUCAUAUCAGGGAACAGAUGGCUGUGGCUCUUAAACGCCUGAAAGAACUCGAGGAACAGGUAAAAACCAUUCCCAUACUUCAGGUAAAGAUUUCAGUAUUACAAGAAGAAAAAAGACAGCUUUUAUCUGAGAUUAAAAACCAAAAAGUUAGUACCCAGGACGAUGCCACAGGUUUCCGUAAAAGAUCUUACAGUGCCGGUAAUGCUGCUGGCUUUGAAUCAUCGCGGACUCCAGUUAAGUCUGGUGGAGAGUUACAUAUAGAUUCUGAAGAUGAGCUGGAUACUCCUGAACAAAACACACACACUCUUAAGGAGUUCCGACAACUGACAGCUGAGAUGCAGGCAUUAGAAAAGAAAAUCCAGGAUAGCAGUUUUGAGGCUAACUGUUCUUCACAGUCUAAGGAGAGGAAAUCUAAAGAAAAAUGUGGACGAUCCAUUGCUGUUGGUGCUGAUGAAAACAUGAAUGAUGUGGUAGUGUAUUACAAAUCUGCAAACCCUACCAGAGAGAUCUCUGUGGGUACUGAAAUAGAUGUCCGAAACACUGGAGUGGGGGUUACUGAGGAAAUGCUUGGGGUAACUACUGAUGCUGAAAGAGAAGUCGAACUCCAACAACAGACUAUUGAAGCACUUAAAGGUAAAAUCUACCGACUUGAGACAGACUUGAGGGAAACCACCUAUGAGAUGGAGAUGACUAAACUGAAAUUGGAGAUACGGGCAGCAUCCUCAAGGAAAGGAGUAGACAAAGCAGUCAUGGCUCAGCCCUUAACUUGUAGCAAGAUGGUUGAGGCUGUAGUAGAAACCAGGGACCAAAAUCAUGGAGACUAUUUAGAUGUAGUUGACUGUUCUGUUGGCGGCUGCUUACAAACCAGCAGCAUUGGAGUUACUUGUAGCCCUUUCAUUCAGAAUGCAGCUGUGGGCCCUGACUUCCCGAUGAAUCACUGGAUUGUAAAAGAGAGCGUAGAGACUUGCGACAUGGGUGUGGAGCUGGAGCUUAAGAUGUGUGACAAAUGUGUUGGUAUGGACCAGACUGUUGGCGAGACUGGGCUGUGUAGAGAGGAAGAUGUACAUGGGCUGGCUCAAGACAAGGCUGUAGUUAAAGAUGUGAAAUCUGUUGCUUGUGGAGAUUGUUCCGUGGAUGUUACAGUUAAACCAUUAUUGGAUUAUAUUUCACUUGGUGUCAAUACAGAACUUGUUAUCAAAGUGGACUCUGCCAUGAACGUGUCUCCUUGCACUACAAACCAGCAAACGAACACAGAAUUUGAGGUGUCCAACCAGUCCACCAGCACAGAGCUGCCGGGUCUUGUUGAUGGAAGUACCAAUACAGCCUGCAUUAUGUACAGCAAACAUACCAACACAGAAAUUUUGGAAAUGCGCUCAGUAGCUAUAGGAGAUGGUAAAGUCAAGGAAACCGAUGCCAUGCCAAAAACACGUUCUAUUGGAAUAUGCACGUCUGAUUCUGACUUUAAGCAUCUUAAUUCCAUCCCAAAAACCAAAGAUUUUGGAGUAGGUCAAAUAAAUGUCUUUGAUAACUUUCUGGUUGGAGUGAAGUCACGUAGUAUAGCCUGUGGACCCUGUGAGCCUGAGCCCACUUCUGUAGCAGUUGGUGAAGAGCCCUCCGCUGCAGUAAAGGUGAAUGUAUCAAGUACCGACUCUCCACCCAUAGACCAUUACAUUGAGCAAGUACAGAAGCUGCUGCAAGAACAGCAGAUGUUGCUUGCCGAAAAUUACACCGAGCUGGCUGAAACCUUUGGCGAGCCGUAUUCCCAGAUUGGAACUCUCAACUCCCAGCUUAUCAGCACCAUCUCCUCCAUUAACUCUGUCAUGAAGUAUGGCAGCAAUGAAGAGCUGAACAGUGUAGGACGACAGAAGAAAAGCUUGGAGCUGAAUUUAUUUUCAGGGUCUAAAGAGGGUGACACAAGUCAGGCCAAAGUAUCUACAGAAUGUUCCUCUUCUAGUGCACCAACUGUUGACCGAGAAGGAGUCUCUAAACUAGAGAGGCUAAACAUUGAGAAAGAUGGUGACGAAGUGAGGUCAGCUUCAACCAACUCUAUGAAUGCAAAAAAGCUCGCCUGUGAAAACCUAGCAUCUUCUCUUUAUGGGAGUACAAGCAGCCACAGUACCCUUAAGUCCAUCAUGAAGAGAAAAGAUGUAAAGAAAGAAUCCUCAAACACAAAGAAAAAUCUUCAGUUUGUUGGCAUCAAUGGAGGGUAUGAAACCACAUCUAGCGAUGAAUCAAGCUCCAAUGAAAGUUCAUCCACAGAGUCAGAUGAUGAAUGUGAGGAAGAAGUGUUUAAUGUGGAUUCUGAUGUCCUAAAACAAGGCAUGGCAAGUGAGCAAACAGAAGUACCCGAGCCAGUGGGGGAUGCCGAGAAAGAGACAGAGAAAGUGGAAAUCCGGGAAAGAUAUGAAUUAAGUGAAAAAAUGCUGUCCGCCUGCAAUGUUCUGAAAGAGGCAGUUGAUGAUCCUCGGGCGUUGGCAAGUAAAGACGUGAGGCUGUGCUUGAACACUAUACAAAAUGAAUGGUUCCGUGUGUCGAGUCAAAAAUCUGCUGUUCCAGCUAUGGUAGAGGAUUAUAUUUCAGCGUUUUCCGAGGUUUCCCACACUCUUCUUCGCUAUGUCAUCAACAUGGCCGAUGGCAAUGGAAACACAGCACUUCACUACAGUGUAUCCCAUUCCAAUUUUGAGAUUGUCAGACUGUUGCUGGAUGCAGAUGUGUGUAACGUAAACCACCAGAACAAGGCUGGAUACACUCCUAUCAUGCUUGCUGCUCUGGCAGCUGUGGAAGCGGCCAAGGACAUGCAAGUGGUAGAGGAACUCUUCAGCUGUGGAGAUGUCAAUGCAAAAGCCAGCCAGGCCGGCCAGACCGCGUUAAUGCUUGCAGUGAGCCAUGGGAGAAUAGAUAUGGUCAAAGCUCUCUUGGUCUGUGGUGCAGAUGUUAAUAUCCAGGAUGAUGAGGGGUCCACAGCUCUAAUGUGUGCAAGUGAACAUGGACAUGUGGAGAUAGUCAAGCUGCUACUAGCCCAGCCAGGCUGUAACGCUGCACUGGAGGACAAUGAUGGCAGCACAGCCUUGUCCAUUGCCUUAGAUGCCGGUCAUAAGGAUAUAGGAGUUCUUCUUUAUGCUCAUGUCAAUUUUUCGAAAGCCCCAUCACAAGGGACACCCAGACUGGGCAGGAAGCUUCCACCCAGUCCUACACAGAGAAGUCCAUUUGACAGUUAGUUUUUGCCACCCUGGAGCUGCUGCUAACCAAUAUUAUGUCUGACGACAGAUACUGAAUGUACUUGUCUAUGUGCCUGAUUAUACCAGCAGACUAAAGCAAUAGAUCAUUGCUGCUUACAUGGAAUCCUGGAGUCUUCUAACUGGAUGAAAGCUAUAUGUGGAGCAUGAGUUUUUGGUUACCUAAACUCCUUUUUAGGUGGGGAAGCUGGAGCCCACAACUGUUCCGGGGAAACCGUAUGGUCAGUCAGUUAGUCAUCAUAUCUCUUGCAAUAAACAUGUGGUUGCUGUGUUAGUGCCAUAGUGCCUUCUGCAUUGUUCUGGGUACACCCUCACCCUGCUCUAUGUUCUGAACUGAGUAAUGGAAUGUCCCCACAUGUGGCGCCUGAGCUGGCUCGCUGGCUAUAAGCUGUCAAGUGUACAAGCCCUCAGUAGAUCUGAAUGGACUAAGUAAAAGUCUCGACUCUUUGUUAUGUUACUUUUAUAUGAAAGAAAAUGUUAUCUAAAAAUGUUGAGAAACUCAGUAUUUGCUGCAUAUUUUAUAACCUGUAAAAGAAAAAUCCGGUACAUGGUCUGAGGAUAUGUGCUCUCUAUAUAUUUAUGUAUGUAUAUUAAAUAUGUCUAGUACUAUGUAUUAAUAUCUGUAAAAUGUUAUAAAAAUCACACGUCUUGGUCACUCAGUAUGUAUGUCUCUUGGUAAGUAAAGAAAAACAAGCUCUUCUCAUCUCUGCAUAUUUAUAUACCAGUAAGCUGUCUUUCUUCUUUUAGAUGUGUAUGUUUUUAAGUGUUCGAAGUGCCUUAGACUCUUGCCAUAUUUUCUCAAUAAACUUUCAUUAUGUGGUUUUUA